CCUCACUCCAUCCCUGAGCUGCGUCCUGUCAACUCUUAAAAUUAAGGAAACCAAUUAUUAGCUACUCAGCAUGUCGGAGACCGACACCGACUCACUACUGCAGCGCUGCAUCUCCGCCGUCGAUAUCUUGUUCAAUGCAGUCGCUGGUGCGGCUGCUGUCGCCACCGGUGCCCAUGUCAACGGCGAGGGUGCCACUGCGUUCGCGAUCCGUGUCGGCGUCCUCGCCGCAGUGACCAAGUCUGGCGUGCGAGCAUUUGUCGCUUUCCUGAGUCUUGCGAGCAUGGAUAUCGCCAGCUGGAGCCUUUUGGUCCUCGUCCUCUCCAAGUUCGGCAUCGCUGUGCUGGUUACUGCGCAGGUUUGCAGCCAGGUGCUGGGGCAUGUGCCGUCUCCGCUCCUCAUUGCCGCCAUCGUGGCUGCCAUACCGUGGCAGGCAGAGGGUUAUGGGCCUGUGAUACGCUGUGGCGGCAGUUCAAGUUACUCACACUCGAAUGGUUACCGCACUAUCACUUCCACAACACACCGCUUCGAUCCGUGCCGGUUUUUUUGCCUUUACAUUUACAUCAUUGGGUGGGACGCCCUGGCUGGACACACAUUUGCCCGCAUGGCCCAGAACCAAGGUGCGUACCUUAGCCGAGUGUACUUGGACUGUCUACCUUCAGGCUACUUAGUUUAUCCCUUCGACGCUCUAACCCGCCAAAGGAAUGAGCAUCUGCGCUCUUGGAGCGGCAGCAGCAGCCGGCGGAGUGUUUGGCGUUGUGUCAGGGAUAUCGACCGUCAUCGAGCUCGUCGUCACCUUCUUGAGAGGUCGCCGACAGACCACGGUCACAUAUUCCUCGGCUGACGAGCUUGAGCCACUUAUUCUUCAGGAAAGGCUCGGGGCCAGAGUUGGGGGGCAAGAGCGUUUCGAUUUGACUCGAAACGGCGGGAGGGCUUGAGCCAGCAAUGAACUCCAAGGUCGUCUUGUUCAAAGUGAGAGUGACCCGGGACUAAGACAUCUCGGCAGCUCUCCGCACCUGGCUACUGCUGCUACCUGCAUUGUAAUAAUUGAUGCAGGCAAUUAUUUGAUUAUCCGAAGAAUCCCUCCAGCUGGAAUCAAUGUCUCAACUCGUUACUCGUUGGCUCUCGUGUACCCAAUCC